AUGUCUACAGCCGCGAACCCUCCCCAAACAUCGACCACUUCUCCAACUAUCCGGAACAAACGCGCUCGUCCUCUCGAUGGGAACGAUCCUUCGCCUACCUCUACGACUGCAAACGUAGCAGCGGGCGGUGGAGCGCCAGGUGUUGAUCAAUUCCAGCAUGAAGAUGGCGAUGAAGAAGAAGAUGAGGAUGAGGAAGAUGGUGCAAGUGGUGGGAAAAAGAGUGAUAAAAAGGCUGGCCGACGAAAGAUCAAGAUCGAGUUUAUUCAAGAUAAGAGUCGCAGACAUAUUACGUUCAGCAAGCGAAAAGCUGGAAUCAUGAAAAAGGCGAGUUUUUAA